AGAAAUGUCCGAGCUUGUAAAACCCCUUGGAAACCUCUCAGCGCGCUCAGUGUUGCCCUCUUUCUCAAAACGCCCAAACUCUCUCUCUCUCUCUCUCUGAUGGCUUUUGAUAUGGAUUCGGAUAGAUGCGUUGGAUUCAAACGAAGAAUCACGGAGAUCGGAGACACCCAAGAGACACCGCCGACACCGCCGCCACAAUCCUCCACUUCUCUUUGUAUAGUUCACCAGGACGAGCAGGAAGAGCAAGAUUUCGCUGAGAACAAGAACUUGAGCCUCCUCUCUGACUCCAAGAAGUCCAAGUCUUCUUCUCAUUGUGAAGAAUCUGAAAUCAUCACUGAAGGAAAUCAAGAACUGGGUUUUGCUUCUGGUGCUCAACAAAGUCGCGAAGUGCUGGGUUCUUUGGCUUCUGGGCCUUCUGGAAAUGGGGAUUUUGUGAUCAAGGUUGAGAAUUUUGGUGGAGAAGUGCAAAAGACUGAGGAUUGCGAGGCGGGCUAUGUCUGUGAUUGUGAAGCAAAGCAAGAAAAGUUUGAUGUAGAGAAGGGUGGUGGAGAAGUGCAAAAGACUGAGAAUUGCGAGGCGGGCUAUGUCUGUGAUGGUGAUGCAAAGCAAGAAAAGUUUGAUAUAGAGAAGGGUGGGGUUGAAGAGACUGCCAAAGAAAGCUUGUUGUCUGCUUCUUCUGACAAAGAAGAGAAGGCCUUUGUGAAAAGUGAAGUGGGUGUUGAGGUGGGCUCUGCCACGGAGGAAAAUAAGGAGUUGGGAAAAGAAUUUGAAUCUAAAAUUCUCUUGGAAGUGAAAAAGAAGCAACUCUUGGAGAAGCUUGAAGUCGUGUUAAUGGCUGAAGAUAAAACCCAGGGGGAAAAAUUCACUGAUUUUGAGGGUUCUUUGGAGAUUGAAGUAAUCGAUCAAACGGCAUUGAUUGAUUUCAAUGACAAAUGUGCAGAGAGGAAAGGGAACAAGAAUGUGAAUCAAGAAAUGGAUGCAAAGAAGGCGAGGCGGUCACGUAGAAAAGCAAAAAAGGUUUUCGAGAUGAAUCGAAAGAAUACCCUUGUGAGGGGUGAAACUGAAAAUGGGUGCAGAAAGAUUGGGGAUGGAACCAAGACGUUAUACUCAAGGAAGGAGAUGGAGGCCCUGAGGUUCACAAACAUUGUAGAGCAGCGCCAAAUUUGGAAAGUGAUAUACAACGGGCUUGGGGCUGCCGUGGCGAGGGAGUACGAUGACUUGGCAAGCUCUAAGCAUCAGAAGCAAAUCCGCUUGAAUUUUGAUCCUCGGCAGCGCUUCGUGAAGCAGGAAGAGGCCCCUCCAAUCCUCAGGGAAGCAUGUUCUGAAAAUAUGGACAUUGAUAUAAAAGACAUGGAGAGUAAUGAAACAGAAAGUCUGUCUCCAUUGGAUCCCACUUGCAGUCAGAGUGUUAGUGGUGAAUAUGGCUACACAGGUCUAGAAGAAGAUAGCAGUGAUGAUGAUGACAGUGUUGAAGAUUAUGCAAGUAUUCAGAAACCUGCCUUUGUAGUAGAAGGAGAACCAAAUUUUGAUUCUGGUCCACCAGAAGAUGGAUUUGAAUACAUCAGACGUGUCAGGUGGGAGGCUUCUCAGAUUCCAAAAGUGAAGGUGGCCAAGUUUGAUAGAAGUAAAUUUAACAAAGAACAGAGUGUUUAUAUGCCCCAGAUUCCUGACAUUGCCAGGUGUCCAGAACAUCUACUGCCUUUGAAACAAUGGGAGGAUGCAUUUCUUGCUGAUUUUUCAGAGCUACGUCUGGCCCUGUCACGUCUUCAGGAUUCUAGUGAAGAACUUUCUGGAAAGCUGCAACCAAUAUUUGUUAUUCAUGAAAAAUGUCAUUCCCGCGACUUACCUUGGAUUCUUGAAAAUUUAGAUACUGAGGAAGUCCAUCCCAAGCAGCCUCAUGAUUUUUCCGGGCCUGAAAGCUCCAUUGAUCAGCCAUCUAUGUUGGCUCCUGAAGACUACGAUACCUCUCUGCCUUCAGAACAUUCAAGCCCAAAGGCUUCUGCAGAUGAAAGUUCUGGCCCUCUGUUGUCUGCGAUCUUAAAAAUGGACUCUGUUGCUCGAGUGUCAAUGUUGAAGAAACGCAUAAGCUCGGUAGGGACCAUGAAUACUCUGUCAAGAAAUGAUUGUUCGUGGCUGUUCGCCCUAUGUGCGGCAGUUGAUACACCACUAGAUGCCGACACCAUCGCCGCCCUUCGGAGCCUGCUUCGGAAGUGCGCCAUCUUGCGAGCUGCAAAGUCUGAACUCGAUGACGAGGUUGUGAUGCUAAAUAUUCUGACCACAGUUGCAGGCAGGUAUUAUGGGCAGUUGGGAAGCUAAGCUGAAGCUUCCUGGGUUGUUAUAUCUGUUUCACAAUUCAUGGUCUUCGAUGUCUGCCUGCCUCAAGCAGAGAGGAGAGGUGAUAUAUAGGAGCGAGCUUACAUUUUAAGAGGAAAGAUGCGACCUUUACUUAGAUUAUAUGGUUUUCUGAGCAUGAUGAGGCAUUUAGAUUGUAAGUAUCGCUAGUAGCGUGCUCUACUGCCCGAAGAAGAAAAUACUAGAGACUCAUAAGCUAAAUUAAGCACUUGAAACAGCUUUAAUCAGAUCUUGUUUCGGUGUGAGGUAUCAAAUUUCUUUUAUU